AUGCCCCCCAAAAUCCGCCUCGCAAUCUCCCAAUCCCACACCCUCCCCACCACGGCCCUAACCCUCACCGCCCUCGAACACACCACCCGCAAAGCGCAAUCCCAAGCCAUCGACCUCCUCCUCUUCCCCGAAGCCUACCUGGGCGGCUACCCCCGCACCGCCACCUUCGGCGCCUCGAUCGGCGCCCGCACACCCGAGGGCCGCGAGCAGUUCCUCUCCUACUUCAAAGACGCGGUUGAUUUGGGGGAUACGCCUGAGGGCGCGGGGGAGCGGUGGGUGCGCAGGGAACUGGAGGGGGUAAGGGGCGAUGGGACUCGGGAGGAGCUCGAGAGAAUCACGAGGGAGACGGGCGUUUUUCUGGUUGUUGGGCUCGUGGAACGGUGUGCCGGGACGUUGUAUUGUGGGGUUGUGUAUGUGUGUCCGCGCGAGGGGUGCGUGGGGAAGAGGAGGAAGGUUAUGCCUACCGGCAGCGAAAGGCUCAUCUGGGGACAAGGCCAGCCGUCCUCCCUCCGAGCCGUCACCACGAUUAUCAACGGCACGAAAAUCACGCUUGCGGCGGCGAUCUGCUGGGAAAAUUAUAUGCCGCUCCUCAGACAGGCGUUGUAUGCGCAGAAUGUCAAUUUGUAUCUCGCGCCGACGGCGGAUGCGAGGGAUGCGUGGCUGGCGCUUAUGAGGACGGUGGGGGCGGAGGGGAGGUGUUUUGUGGUGAGUGCGAAUCAGUGUGUGAGGGAAUCGAAUCUCCCGGCUUGGAUAAGGGACGAGGAUGCAGAGAGUAGUAAUGGGAAGGCAAAUGUGAAUGGAGGCACGGUUCUGCCUACGAGAUUAAGGAGGAUGUCGGUUACGGAGGAUGGUCAUGAGAUUGCGCUGCCUGAGACGGGCUCGAGGAAAGUGAGGAGGAAAUCAGUCGUCACGCCAGAAGGCCAUGAAAUUGCUCUCCCAGACACCCUGCACGAAGAAGACGAGUCACCAGAAACCUCCAACCCAAACUCCUCAGACUUCAUAUGCAGAGGCGGCUCCUGCAUCAUCUCCCCCUUUGGAGACGUCCUCGAAGGUCCCUUGUGGGAUAAUGACGAUGGACUGUUAUUCACCGAUGUGGAUUUUGAGGAUUGUAUUAGAGGGAGACUGGAUCUUGAUGUUGGAGGCAGUUAUUCGAGGUAUGCAGGCAGAUUCUUUGUUGAUUUGGAGCCGGUUUGCUGA